AUGAUAACUACAUCACUUGCAAGAACUGAGACUUUAAACGCACAAGGAGUUGCCAACACGUCAAACGAAAUAGCAAGCUUCGAAUACAGGAAAAAUGAUCUAGCGAAGGUACUUCCCGUACCGUACAAACGUCUUGUCUUAACCGCUUUACGAGCACAGGGACAUCGGAUGGAACUUAUCGAGCGCCUUCGUCAUCCAGACCGCUCGAAGAAGCGCUAUCUCUAA